UGCAUUUUUGGCCACGUACCAGUUGACACGUUGGUGCGUAGCAGAAUAAAUAAGCGAAAUAAAAAUCCAUACCGUUCGGGUUACGCGUUCUAGAAGAAAUAUUAACGCAAAGACGAAAAAAAUCUCAAAUCAACGAUAAACCCUCGAUAAUUUCAGGGUAAAAUCGCACUCCCUGUUUCGAGCUUAACGCUCGAAAUUCGACCACCGGUUUUUUCCUUUCAGUAGAGUGAAAUUAUUUCGCUGCUUUCCUUUUUUUUCUGGUGUCGACCACGAGACUUUAUUUCUCCGCCGGGCGGCGAGAGACUCAACCGUUUUUGUUUUCUUUUAAUCGUUGAAUUCCUUCAAUAUAAAGUACUCCUAAAAAUCGAGUGAAAGGAAUUAUCCCAUUUCUCCGCAGUCCAGCGAUUUUCGAAUCUUCCGGGAGACUACGAAUAUGAGCUCUGGUGAUCCUUGGUCUCUUCCGGUCAAGCAGGGUCUGUACGACCCGACUCUCGAAAAAGAGGCUUGCGGUGUUGGAUUUAUCGUUGCUAUCGAUGGAAAGCGAUCGCACAAGAUUGUACGAGAUGCCGAGACUCUUUCGGCUCGUAUGAACCACAGGGGAGCGUGCGCUUGCGACAAUGACACAGGUGACGGAGCUGGCGUGCUUUGCGCCAUACCACACGAUUACUAUGCCGCCGAAAUUCGAGCGAGAGAUGGAAUCGAACUGCCGCCUUUCGGCCGUUAUGCCACGGGGAUACUGUUCCUCGACAAAAAUAGUCACCAACAGACGGAGGCUGCAUUCGAAAAGCUGGCUGGAGAAUGUGACCUGAAAGUCAUUUGUUGGCGCGAUGUUCCUACCGACAAUUCUCACAUUGGUCAAGUGGCGAAAAAGUGUGAGCCUUACAUGCGUCAAGUAUUCGUAACGGGAGAGCAAGAAGCUGAUGUUUUGAAUCGUCAGGUAUUCAUUCUCCGAAAACGUUCGUCCCACUCCAUACCGAAGCCCGGUUUGAGGUUUUACGUGUGUUCGCUGUCUCUGAAAACUGUCGUGUACAAAGGACAACUCACGGCGGAUCAAUUAUGGCUGUACUUCAAGGAUUUAAAAUGUCCUAAUUUCGAGACGUAUCUCGCCCUCGUACACACCCGAUUCUCCACGAAUACUUUCCCAAGCUGGGAGAGGGCGCAUCCCUUACGGAUGCUCGCCCACAAUGGUGAGAUCAAUACUCUGCGAGGAAACGUCAAUCUGAUGAAAGCACGCGAGGGCGUCAUGAGCAGUGAGAUUUAUGGUGAUAAGCUGAAGGAUCUUUAUCCCGUUGUGGAACCGAAUCUUUCUGAUUCGGGUGCUGCCGACUGUGUCCUUGAAUUCUUGGUCAUGGCGGGGCAACGGAGUUUACCGGAGGCUGUGAUGACAAUGGUACCGGAGGCAUGGCAGAACGACUUAACCAUGGCAACGGAGAAGCGAGACUUUUAUCACUGGGCAGCAUGCGCGAUGGAGCCGUGGGACGGUCCAGCACUUUUAACGUUCACCGACGGUCGUUACGUCGGUGCUAUACUCGACAGAAAUGGCCUGCGCCCAUCGCGCUUCUACGUCACUAAGGAUAACUUGAUGGUGAUGGCGUCCGAAGUGGGCGUCUAUGACACUCCGCCCAGCAAUGUUGUCCUGAAGAGUCGCUUGAAGCCCGGAAGAAUGCUGCUCGUUGACACCGAGGACAAACAAAUAAUACAGGAUGUCGAGCUUAAACUCAAGAUUGCCAGGAGCCGUCCUCACUCGAAAUGGCUCAAAGAACAGAUGAUCACUAUGGAUGACUUACGAAAAGCUCACGUGGCUAAAGGAGGCAUUAACGAGCCUGUCGAAAACGGCACAGUAAUCGCAAAGAAAAACGGACUGAACAACGAAGACGAAUUCAUCAACCGCAAAUGGGUGGGCGACAAAAGACUCUCUUUGUUUUCUUACACUCUCGAGACCAUCAACAUGCUUCUAGUCCCCAUGCUUCAAACAAAGAAAGAAGCUCUUGGAUCCAUGGGAAACGAUGCACCUUUGGCCUGCCUGUCGCAGUUUCAACCAUUGAUUUAUGACUACUUUAAGCAGCUCUUUGCCCAGGUAACGAAUCCACCGAUCGACCCGUUCAGAGAAAAGAUCGUGAUGUCGUUGCUCUGCCCGAUUGGACCGGAGAGCAAUAUUCUAGAACCGAACGAGCUUCAAGUGCAUCGAUUGUUCCUUCCACACCCGAUAGUAUCCCUCAGAGAUCUCGAAGUCAUCAAGCAAACGAGCUACAGAGGCUGGAAAACGAAAGUCAUCGAUAUUACGUAUCCAGUGUCUGAAGGGCCAUCGGGAUUGGUGAAAGCCUUGAACCGCGUCGAUAACGAAGCCAAUAAAGCAGCCAGAGAAGGCUAUCAAAUUUUGGUUCUAUCCGAUCGUCAAGCCGGAGCUGAAAGGGUUCCUGUAAGCACCAUGCUCGCUCUUGGCUCGGUCCAUCAUUUCCUCAUCGAAGAACGUCAGCGUAUGAAAGUCGGCUUAAUUGCCGAAACUGGUGAAGCUCGAGAAGUUCAUCACAUGUGCGUUCUUCUGGGUUACGGCGCAGAUGCCAUUUGUCCUUAUCUCGUUUUCGAGAUGGCGAGGAAUCUCCGGGAAGAGGGGGUCUUGGACCAAUCGUUCAAUGAUGAGAUUAUGUACAAGAAUUAUAGUGAAGCCAUGGAACGUGGUAUUGCAAAAGUUAUGGCGAAGAUGGGCAUAUCCACCCUCCAAUCUUACAAAGGAGCCCAAAUCUUCGAAGCUGUUGGCCUUGCUGAUGAGGUUGUCGAUAAAUGUUUCAAGGGAACGCAUUCGCGAAUCGGUGGAGUGACCCUUGAUAUUCUUGGAAAUGAGGCAUUCGAACGUCACCAAUUGACGUAUUACGACAAAUCUCCUGAUAUGCUGGUACUAAGGAAUCCUGGCAGUUUCCAUUGGCGAUCCGGCGGUGAAAAACACAUCAACGAUCCUAUAAGCAUCUCGAACUUGCAGGAGUCUGUUACAUCGAAGAACUUGCGAGCAUAUGAGAACUAUCGAAAAUCAACGAUGGAAGCAGUUCAGAAUUGUACACUCCGUGGACAGUUGGAGCUCGUAAAAUCGAAGGAAUCUGUGCCAAUAAAUGAGGUAGAGGCAGCAGAGGAAAUAGUGAAACGGUUCGUAACCGGUGCAAUGAGCUUUGGAAGUAUUUCAUUGGAGGCUCACACGACACUAGCGAUUGCGAUGAAUCGUAUAGGAGGAAAGUCGAACACAGGAGAGGGUGGUGAAAACGCGGACAGAUAUUUGAAUCAGGAUCCUGAAUUCAACAAGCGUUCAGCGAUAAAGCAAGUGGCGAGUGGAAGAUUCGGUGUGACAUCGAGUUAUUUGGCGAACGCGGAUGAUCUUCAAAUAAAAAUGGCACAGGGCGCAAAGCCGGGCGAGGGUGGUGAAUUACCCGGCUAUAAAGUAACCGCAGAUAUCGCGGCAACCAGGCAUUCCGUUGCGGGCGUUGGUCUCAUAUCGCCACCUCCCCAUCACGACAUUUACUCGAUCGAAGAUCUCGCCGAAUUGAUAUACGAUCUGAAAUGCGCCAAUCCGAAUGCUCGUAUUUCCGUUAAGCUCGUAUCCGAAGUCGGUGUCGGGGUCGUAGCCGCCGGAGUUGCCAAGGGUAAGGCAGAGCACGUUGUCAUAUCCGGUCAUGAUGGUGGAACAGGUGCGAGCAGUUGGACGGGAAUCAAAGCGGCCGGAUUACCGUGGGAGUUGGGCGUUGCUGAGACUCAUCAAAUUCUCACGUUGAACAAUCUACGUUCGCGAAUGGUUGUCCAGGCCGAUGGACAGUUGCGAACGGGUUUCGAUAUCAUAGUUGCGGCCCUUCUGGGUGCGGAUGAAUUUGGUUUCAGUACAGCCCCUCUAAUCGCGAUGGGCUGCACGAUGAUGCGAAAAUGUCAUUUGAACACUUGUCCCGUCGGUAUAGCCACUCAAGAUCCUGUAUUACGGAAGAAAUUUGAAGGAAGCCCAGAACACGUGAUAAACUUUUUUUUCAUGCUCGCCGAAGAAGUACGCUCUCACAUGGCGAGCCUCGGGAUACGAAAAUUCCAAGAUCUGAUCGGUCGCACGGACCUGUUGAAGGUUCGCGAUGAUAUUAAAAUCGAGAAAGCUCGAAUGUUGAAUCUCUCUAAUAUCCUUAGAAGCGCGCUCGAACUUCGUCCUGGUGUCAACAUCAAGGGUGGUUCGGUGAAACAAGAUUUUCAAUUGGAAAAUCGUUUGGAUAACAAACUCAUUGAAGAGGCUAACAAAAUACUGAACGGAGAAAAGAAGAGUAUUGACAUCGAAAUGACGAUCAACAACGAGUGCCGAGCGUUCGCUUCGACUCUGAGUUAUCACAUUUCGAAAGCUUACGGCGAGGCUGGUCUGCCGGAACACAGUAUUAAUAUAAGAAUGAAGGGAUCUGCUGGACAGAGCUUCUGCGCUUUCCUCACGAAGGGCGUACACGUGACCCUUGAGGGUGAUGCCAAUGAUUACGUAGGCAAGGGACUUUGUGGCGGUGAGAUUGUCAUUUAUCCGCCCAAAGAAUCAGAAUUUUGUUCCGAGGCUAACGUUAUCGUGGGUAAUGUUUGUUUGUAUGGCGCGACUUCCGGUAAAGCGUAUUUCCGAGGUAUCGCCGCCGAGAGAUUCAGCGUUCGUAACAGCGGUGCCAUCGUCGUUGUCGAAGGUGUCGGUGAUCACGGUUGCGAAUAUAUGACCGGCGGUUGUGCCGUUAUCCUUGGCUUGACGGGUCGAAAUUUCGCGGCUGGUAUGUCAGGCGGUAUCGCUUACGUCCUCGACGUUGAUGGUUCCUUCAAGAGCAAAUGUAAUCCCGAAAUGGUCGAAUUGUUGCCUCUGAACAAGGAUGAGGAUAUUGCUUACGUGAAAACUCUUUUGGAAGAAUUCAUCGAAAAAACUGGUUCGCUCAUAGCCCAGGAUUUAUUGCUUACUUGGCCGGAGCCUACUACUCGUUUCGUUAAAGUAUUUCCGUACGAGUAUCAGAGAGCCUUGCAGCAAUUGGCCGAAGCUAAACAAGUUGCGGAACCGGUCAUAAACGGAAAUUCUAAAAAUUCCGAGGCCGAGGUAAAGGACAUUGAAGAUUCGAUACAGGACGGUGAUAUGGAGCAACGGAAACUUGAUAAAAUCAAAGGAUUCAUGAAGUAUAAGAGACAAACGAUGGUCUAUAGACCGGCGGAAAAACGUCUCAACGAUUGGGAAGAAAUUUACGACUUCAAGGGCGUGAGAAAGGGAUUGAAAGUUCAGGCCGCUAGAUGCAUGGAAUGCGGCGUACCAUUUUGUCAGAGCAGUCACGGUUGUCCCCUGGGCAAUAUUAUUCCCAAGUGGAACGAUCUUGUGUUUCAUUCCAACUGGAAAGAAGCUCUCAAUCAAUUACUACAGACGAACAAUUUCCCCGAGUUCACCGGACGAGUUUGUCCCGCACCUUGCGAAGGUGCUUGCGUUCUUGGAAUAUCCGAGCCAGCCGUUACGAUAAAAAACAUCGAAUGCGCCAUCAUAGAUCACGCCUUCGAGCAAGGCUGGAUUGUUCCUCGUCCACCGACCUCGAGAACCGAUCGGCGCGUCGCAGUCGUAGGUGGUGGCCCGGCUGGCCUCGCCGCUGCUCAUCAACUAAACAAAGCCGGCCACUCGGUUACCGUUUUUGAAAGAAACGAUCGUAUCGGUGGCCUUCUUCAAUAUGGCAUUCCAACAAUGAAACUUUCGAAACAAGUUGUACAGAGGCGAGUCUCUCUCCUUGCCGCCGAAGGAAUUAUUUUCAAAACCGGCGUAGAUGUUGGCAAGGACAUAACGACUACUCAAUUGAAAGAACAAUUCGAUGCCGUACUCUUGUGCACCGGAGCUACCUGGCCGCGUGAUUUACCCAUUCCUGGCCGUAAUCUCGAGGGUAUUCAUUUCGCUGUGAGCUUCCUCGAACACUGGCAGAAAAAACAGAUGGGCAACGAGGCGCCGUUGAACAUGAAACUCAUGGCGCAGGACAAAGAUGUCAUCAUCAUCGGUGGUGGCGAUACUGGCUGUGACUGCAUUGCAACCUCCCUCAGACAAGGUGCUAAGACCAUCACUACUUUUGAGAUUCUUCCCGAACCGCCGAUUAAACGCGCGUCUGACAACCCUUGGCCUCAAUUCCCAAGGGUUUUCAAAGUCGAUUACGGUCACGAAGAGGUUGCACUCAAAUUUGGACGUGAUCCACGACAAUUCAGCACUCUCAGCAAGGAAUUCUUGGACGAUGGAAAAGGUCAUGUCAGCGGCAUAAGAACAGUCACGGUGGAGUGGACGAAGGACGAAGCUGGGCGAUGGAAAAUGGACGAAGUCGCAGGAUCCGAGAAGAUUUACAAAGCUGAUCUCGUUUUGUUGGCCAUGGGAUUUUUGGGACCCGAAAAAUACAUUGCAACAGAGCUUGAUACGAAACUGGAUGCCCGCGGAAAUUACGAAACCCCGGAGGGAAAAUAUGCCACCAGCUUGCCCGGGGUAUACGCUGCUGGAGACUGCAGAAGAGGCCAGUCGCUCGUCGUCUGGGCAAUAACGGAAGGUAGACAGGCUGCUCGUGAGAUAGAUCAUGAUUUCACGAAAAACAGUCGUUUGCCAGGACCCGGGGGUGUGAUAACAACGGUUGUGGCGUAAAAUUUUUUCCACGAUUCUAUAAUCUUCAUGGCGAGACGUUUAUUUCGAUUUUAUUCGGUUUGAAAAAAAAAUUGUCCGUUACGAGAUAUCGCCGAUUCGAGGUUGUAGACGAAUCACCGUGGGUGUUGGAGCUUUACCUCGAAAUACGCACCGACUGUGAGAAAUUGCGAUUAAACAAAUAUUAUUUAACAAGAAAAUUGAGAAUAUUUUAGUAACAUAUUUUUUUGUAAUACUUUGCUCUCGAUUGUUGAAGUGAUCGAAGCGCGUUAAUGCCAGUACAAAAGUCCAUGAUUUUUUAAGGGAAUACGUUUCAAAUUGUUGCAAGAUUCGUUUCAAAUAUAAAGCCCCAAUCCGAGAUAUUUCUUCAGGCUUGUAUUUCUCUGGUAGAAAAAAGCUUGUUGAAAAAAAAUUAUUUCGACGUUGUAUACUCUAAGAAACUGGCGAAUGGAGGAUUUAUUUAAAAACUCCGAGUGUAGAAUUAUCAUAUCUCGUCUUUACGAAUUUGUCUACCCAUCAUAUGAUUCUGUUGAUUAAAAAGAGCUCGUAUGUUCGUAGUUGUUGGAAAAAAUCAAAAUAUACAAAUGCGCAGUCAAUAAGAUCAGUGACGAAACUGUUACGAACAACACCAAAGGCCUCUACGGCAACGAAAACCUCUGUCUAUUAAUCUAACUGUAUCGUUGAAAAGUUCCCGUGACUUAUAGAUCGGGAACUGAAAUUAACUGGCAGUUUAUAAACGAUUGUUGAUUCCGAGAAAAUAAUAAUUAAAAAAAAAAAAAAAAAAAAAACAACGUAAAAGUUCGAGAGUAAAAGACGAAAAACGAAAAAAAAAAAAAACAACACAAAAUAAUAAUAUCAAGUGAUAAUCCCGUACACGAAAGGAAUGAUUUGGCAUUCCCCCUGCCGAGCGUUAUUCAUUUGAAAGUAGGACAUAUUCGUAUGAAUUAGUUAUUAGCCAAAUUUCGCUUAAUUAAUCUACCAACAAUAUUGGAUUUAGCAUAGAAAAUUAUAUCACGUAAUAAUCACGGGUUCAUCAUUUUCAUAACCCAUAUUAGUUGCGCAUAUUUUUUAAGUUGUUUACGAUUAAUUUGAAACAAGACUUUGUCAAUUUGGAAUCUUUCGUGAUGAAUUAAAUAGUUAGGCACUAUAAUUUUUAGAUUCGUUUAAAUUAUUGUAACAAGGCUCGUAAAUGAUUGGAAAUCGAUGCUCAUCGUAUGAUUCUGAGAACUGGUUCAUUGAGAUUUACGAUUUACGAUACUUAAAAUUUGGCUAAGUUCGUCGCGAAACUACUUAAUAUUUUUUCGUUCGUCACUCCCGUACCCUCGACCGUAAUCAUUCACUAUUAGCGUGUUAUUUCACGCAGCAAUUUUGUUUUUGUAACUACUAUUGAUAGUUUUAAUCGAAUUAUUAGGUUAUUGUACUCUAUCGAACUAUUAUUAAUCACUAUCAGUUUAUCAUAAUUAUUUAUUAUUUAUUCGUGGUCCUAAGAUUUUAUGAGAAGCGAAAACCGUACUGCAUUAUACAUAUAUCGUUUUUCACUGUGGCAAGAGAAACGUUGAUUAAGUUUAUGAAUCUGGAGGGAGGGACUGUCAUCUGUAUCACGAUAAGAAUUAAUGCAUAUAAUAUACCAAGACAAUAAAAUUAUAUUGAAUGUUAUAA